AUGUGUAUGAAAGAUGAGUACAUAUUCUUGACAAUUAUCAUACCUGGUCCCAAGAAUCCAAAAGAGAAGCUUGAUGUGUACAUGCAACCAUUAGUGAAGGAAUUGAAAGAACUGGUGGAGCACAGCUGGAUGAACUGCAUGUCCCUACUGUAUGGAAAACACAUAUGCAUUUACAUUAAAAAGGGGGGGGGGAAACAGACAUGGUUUGACAGUCAUCGGAAGUUUUUACCAGACAACCAUGCCUUCCGUCGAAACAAGAUAUCUUUUAUUAAAAACCGAACUGUCUCCAAGUCAUCGCCGCCAAUUAGAACUGGGGAAUACUUGCUAAAAGAGAUUGAGCAAAUUGGUUUGAUGCGGAUAAUAGACAUUGACAGUCAUGAAAUAAAUGGUCGACUUUCAAAGACAACUGUGAUGAAUGUUGAGGGGAAGAUGAAAGACAAUAUAAAAUCAAGGAAAGAUUUGAAUGAAAUAUGCAGGAGACCAGAAUUGAAGAAAGAUCCAAUUAGCGGAAAAUAUCCAAAAGCAAGUUAUUGUUUGGACAAGCAAUCAAAGAUGAUACUGUGUGAUUGGCUCAAAACACUGAAAUUCCCUGAUGGAUAUGUUUCCAAUCUAGGCAGAUGUGUUGAUAGUCGGAAGCUAAGACUUUUUGGUAUGAAAAGCCACGACUGUCAUGUUUUCAUGCAACGAAUUCUUCCUAUUGCUCUCAGAGAAUUGCUACCGAAUAAUGUUUGGCAACCCAUAACAGAACUUAGCAAUUUCUUUAGAGAACUUACUUCAACUACACUUACUAAUUGGGACAUGCAACGGUUAAAUGAACAAAUUCCUGUGAUCCUUUUACACCUUGCAUAUGAGGCAUUAAUUGCAGGACCAGUACAAUAUCGGUGGAUGUACCCAUUUGAGAGAUACCUGAGAAAGUUAAAGACCAAUGUGAAGAAUAAAGCAAGGGUCAAAGGUUCAAUAUGCAAUGCUUACUUGGUAGAAGAAGCAAAUGCAGAAGUUGAUAAGAAACUGGGGACAGAGUUUGGCCUAUGGUUUUACAAGUAUGCCCAUGAGUUGCAGAACAAUGUAGGAAAUCAGUUUAUACAAGAUCUUUUAAAGGGACCAUUCAGAAGUGUCACAACUUUUGAGGGGUAUUGUGUUAAUGGAUGUAAAUUCAACAUAAUCAAUGAAAAUUCAAGUAGUAAGUCAAUGAAUUUUGGUGUAUGUAUAAAAGGGAGUAAUUACAGUUCUGAAGAAAGUGACUACUAUGGACUGUUGGUUGAGGUGUUGCGGUUGGAGUAUCCAGGGUUACCAAUUAAGCAGACUGUGCUUUUCAAAUGUGACUGGUUUGAUCCAACACCAAAUACCGGCACCAAGGUGCAUAGACAGUAUAGAAUGGUCGAUGUCAACAACAAGCGUAGAUACAGUAAGUACGAGCCAUUUGUAUUAGCCUUUCAAGCAACACAAGUCGUUUAUGCUUCAUACCCGAGCAAGCGUCGUGACAAAAAAUGA